UUCCCACUGUUUUCCUCGCAAGAGGAAAAACCCAAAGAAAAAAUGUCCGAAAGGCGGAAGUAGAGAGAGAGAUCGCAAAAACCCUAGAAAACCCUUGCCGUUUCAAUGGCAAAACCCGAUAAUCAGAAGCUGAAUCCAUCGACCCUCCCUCACAAGCCUGCAACUCGAAUUCAUUCUUCAAACGACCAGGAUCUUGAUCCAAUCUCGUGUUCUCUCGAGAAAUUCAAGCUCUACGAAACCCGGCAAAGAUUCUACCUCAUCGGGAGCGACCGCAGGAGGCGAUGCUUCCGAGUGCUGAAGAUCGACCGCUCCGAGCCAUCAGAACUCAACAUCAGCGAGGAUCCGGUCGUCUACACGCAGCAAGAAGUUAAGAACUUGCUCCAACGGAUCAGUGAAGGGAACCGCUCCACCGGUGGUCUCACAUUUGUUGUGAAGGUCUACGGUAUUGCAGGUUGCAUUAAGUUUCUAGAAUCGUACUAUCUCAUCCUUGUUACAAAGCGUCGACAAAUAGGGUGUAUAUGUGGUCACGCGAUUUAUAGCAUCGAUGAGAGCCAAUUAAUCACCGUCCCUCAUUCAUCGAUACAGACUGACAUUGCCCAUUCCAAGACUGAGCUAAGGUACAAGAAGCUCUUAUCCAGUGUGGAUCUGACAAAAGAUUUCUUUUAUAGCUACACUUACCCAAUCAUGCAAAGUUUACAACAAAAUGUAUUGGCAAUGGGCGAGGAAACGAUGUUGUAUGAAAACAUGUUUGUUUGGAAUGCUUAUCUUACACAAGCAAUUCGAUCGAGGUGCAAUAAUACACUCUGGACAAUUGCCUUGGUUCAUGGGCAUUUUAAGCAGGUCAGGUUAUCGAUCUUUGGGCGGGAAUUUAGUGUUUCUCUUGUUUCUAGACGUUCUCGGCAUUUUGCAGGAACACGUUAUUUGAAAAGGGGUGUGAAUGACCGGGGCAGAGUUGCAAAUGAUGUUGAGACAGAACAAAUAAUCCUUGAUGAAGAAACUGGGUCAUGCAAGGGGAAAAUGAGUUCGAUUGUGCAGAUGCGGGGUUCAAUUCCCCUUUUCUGGUCCCAAGAAGCCUCUAGAUUGAGUCCUAAACCUGAUAUAAUCUUGCAGAGAUACGAUCCCACCUAUCAGGCAACUAAGUUGCAUUUUGAAGACCUGUCUAGGAGAUAUGGCAAUCCAAUUAUUGUACUUAAUCUAAUUAAGACUGUUGAGAAAAGGCCUCGUGAAAUGAUGCUACGUCGUGAAUUUGCGAGUGCAGUUGGGUAUCUGAACCAGAUUCUCUGUGAAGAAUGCCAUCUGAAGUUUAUUCACUGGGAUUUUCAUAAGUUUGCAAAGAGCAAGUCUGCCAAUGUUUUGGGAGUUUUGGGUGGGGUAGCCAGUGAAGCACUCGAUUUGACUGGUUUCUACUAUAGUGGAAAGCCUGCUAUUGUUAAAAAGAGAGCAACUCCACUCAGUCGAACAAGCACUGGAAGGGAUGCUUCUCUAGGAGAUCUUAGAGCUAAUUCUGGUGAUCUUGCUAGAAUUGGGAGCACCAAUGAACCUGUGAACCCUAUUACUCGAGAUAGAGAGUCUGAGCUCAGUCAACAACCUACAAAGGAUAGUGAUAGUGGUACAGCUCCUCGUUAUCAAAGUGGAGUUCUGCGGACUAACUGUAUUGACUGCUUAGAUCGUACAAAUGUUGCCCAGUAUGCGUAUGGCCUAGCUGCUUUAGGGCGCCAACUCCAUGCAAUGGGUUUGACAGAUGUUCCCAAAGUGGACCCAGAUAGUAGCAUUGCUGCAGCUCUCAUGGAUAUGUACCAAAGUAUGGGGGAUGCGCUUGCUCAGCAAUAUGGAGGCUCUGCAGCUCACAACACUGUUUUCCCAGAGAGGCAAGGGAAGUGGAAAGCCACUACCCAAUCUCGUGAGUUUCUAAAGUCCAUCAAACGUUACUACAGCAAUGCUUACACAGAUGGUGAAAAGCAAGAUGCAAUAAAUUUGUUCUUGGGUUACUUUCAACCACAAGAAGGAAAACCUGCGCUUUGGGAGUUGGACUCAGAUUAUUAUCUUCAUGUUUCUGGGAUUGGAGAUGAGCCAGUUCCUGACAGAAUUUCAUCAGUCGAUGCUAUUCCUGUGGUUGGAACCAGACCGACCCUUGCACCUGUUCCAGCUUGCAGAGAAGACUUCUCCCGGAUGAAAUUGACAUCAUUUGAUAAACUAAUAGAGAGAACAUGUAGUUCAAUAAAGAAUGUAAGGCUUUGCAGUGAGCCUAAUGUCAAAGCAGGCGGUGGUGCAGGAAAUUCUGGAAUGGCACCUGAUGCAGCUGAAAUACAACUCAAAAGCCCCAACUGGCUCUUCGGCCAAAGAAAGUAUGAAGAAAGUGGUACUGCCCCAAAAGUUGCUUCACAAGAAAAUGCAAGGGGAGGGUGUCAAUAUGAGACGAGCAACUAUGGUUACUAUGACCUAAAUUUGCUCUCUCCCAUAGGUGAUAUCUGUGAGGAAGCUGUCUUCCGAAGGUAUCUCUCAAUGGCCUCAGACAAUGAAACCAAUGAUUGGUAUGGUGGAACGCUACUGUAUGAUCAAGACAAAAGCAGUGAAUGCUACCAGCAUUAUGCUAAAUUGUGUCAGGGCCCUGCCAUGGAACCCUUCAAACAUGAUCCCGAGAAAGAGAAACAUUACUCUGAUGCGUUGUGCAUGGGGCUAGAUGGUGCGGAUGAUGCGCUCAUUGAGGCAGAAAUGGAAGCUGCACUUAAAGAGUAUGAUCAAAUUGGUGCAGACCUUGGCAUCGUCCCCACCUGUAAAUCCCUUGCUGGGGAUCCAAGCAGAUUGACUAGAUGGAUAAUUGGAGAAGAGAAGAUGCAAGGGAGGGCUUAGCUCAACAGCCUCUGAUGCCAUUUUAUGUAUAGAUCCGGCAAUUGUUUUAACAGUCAGCAAGAAAUUGUAUCAUGGAUCUCAGCACUCUUCUUAUCUCUUCCCUUUUCUAUACUUGCUAUAUUCUCAUUUAACAAUGGGGCCAAUGCAUGUGCAGCAUCAGACUCAUCAGUAAUGUCCUGAUCCAAAGUUCACGCCAUUCUCUUUAUCACAACCUAGCCAACCAGAGUGAACAGUUAGUUACUUUAAGCACAGCCUUUCAAUGUAUUAUAUUGGAUUGAAAUGCAAAGUUGGAGAUGGGAUGGUAAUUUUAGUUAAUUUAAUAUGCAUAUUGAAGGGCGCUAGGCUUCUAACUGCCAUUACCAUGGAUAUCCAUCAAACCAAUAGUUCAGAUAAUUAAAUAAUCUUAAUUUUUGUUCAUCA